GACAGUGCAGUAGCGCGCCCUUGUGACAUUUAUCGGUAUUGCAUACAUGACCAAACUUCCCGACAGCUGCAUUAUUCAAGAUGGCGGCGCCCAUCUCUGCAGACGAUGUGAAAAAGUUGAUGGCCAGAAAAGAUGAAAUUGAGGAGGAAAUUAAGACAUGGCAGGACGUUUUGGAAUCGCAAAAGGGAGUGGGCAUGAGUGGCCCCCUGGUGGACACAGAAGACUUUCCACGAUCAGACAUAGACGUGUACCAAGUCAGGACAGCACGACACAACAUCAUCUGUUUACAGAAUGACCACAAGGCGAUCAUGCGUGAGAUAGAGGAGGGACUACACAACCUGCAUGCCCAGGCCAGGGAGAAGGGUCAGGGUGAGAAAAUAGAAAUCCGGCCGGAAAAUACGGACAAGCUGGAACCCUUCGCCAGGGUGGACAGCGUUGCUGCAGGGGGGCCUGCCAGUAUGGCCGGUCUGCAGGUAGGAGACCAGGUGCUACAGUUUGGGUCGGUGACACCAGCAAACUUCACAGGCCUGCAGAACAUAGGACAGGUGGUGCAGCAUAGUGAGGGGAAAACGGUUCCAGUCAGGGUUCUGCGGGGAGAGGAGACGAUGAACCUUGGUUUGAGACCACAGAGAUGGUCUGGCAGAGGUCUCCUUGGGUGCAACAUAGUUCCUGUUACCUGAUCAGUGUAUCAUUAGGAAAUCAUGUUGGAUAGUAAAUGUACAACUUUUCAUGCAUUCCUACAGUACACGAUGUAAACUGUUGAAUACAUUGUGUUCAUGGGCAUAAAAUAUAGAUUCUUCACUAUGGCAGACAUGAAAAGAAAAAUAAAUUUCGUGUAAUUCAAGUGAUCAUUAGAUGUUCAAUUGCUCAUGCCUACAUGUUCGUGAAUAUCAGUGCUAUUUUGAGAAAUUCUAUGUAGUUGGUUACUGCAGGUAUUAAUAGAGUUUAAGAUUUUCAACUGCAUUGAAACUUUUUUUCCAAAUAGACAUUCAAUUGCUUAAUAUAGACAUUUACCUAUGUUACACUUAUGCCAUUUGACUGUCUAAAAAGACAUUGGUGACAUAAGUUAUAAUUGCAGAACAAGUCAAUGUUGUUACUAUGUAUACAAAGUACAUGUAAGUGUUUGUUUGAGCUGUUUAGUCAUAAAAGCUCAAUUUUGCUUGGAGGACGCUGUUGUAUGACAAACAGUGUUGCUAGAUGUCAGUUGAAUAAUUGUCUGUAUUGAUAUCUAUAGAGGUGUUGUUUGAUUGGCAUUCUGUGGUAUGCCUAGUCCAUGCAUGUGUAGACACACCCAUUUUUACAUAUUAGUAGCUAAUAAAUAACAAAGUAUGUCUGUAGAAAUUCCUAUGUCUCCUGUCGCUCUCCCCUCUGCUGUGAUGUUUUCCUGUCCUGUUGUCUUCUUGCAUUGCUUGAUUCUUGAGUCUCCAUUACCGCGGUGAACUGGACUCUAUUACACAUUUGUCUCUGUUACACUUACAUCAUUUGACCAUUUAAAAAAGAAAAUUGCUCAUGUAAGUUUGCAGACCAAAAGUCAAUUUCCUUACACAUGUACAAAUUGUAGAUGCCAUGAGGCAUGACUGACAGUGUACUUGAAAGAAGUCAGAUGUAUAAUUAUUGUUAUAUUGGCAUUAAUACAUAUUCUGUGGUGUUUCAAUUCAAUGUGAAGGCACCCUCAUA